GAGCGAGAGAGAGGCUUGGAUUCGAUUCACUAGCGAAGAAGAAGGAGGAGGAGGAGGAGGAGGAGGAGAUGGAAAAGUACGAGCUCGUGAGAGACAUCGGAUCAGGGAACUUCGGGGUUGCGAGGUUGAUGAGGCAAAAGGAAACCAAAGAGCUCGUUGCGAUGAAGUAUAUCGAGAGAGGCCAUAAGAUUGACGAGAAUGUGGCGAGGGAGAUCAUCAAUCACCGGUCGCUUCGGCAUCCCAACAUCAUUCGGUUCAAAGAAGUGGUACUGACGCCGACUCAUCUGGCGAUUGUGAUGGAGUACGCCGCCGGUGGGGAGCUGUUUGAGAGGAUCUGCAACGCUGGGAGAUUCAGCGAGGAUGAGGCUAGAUAUUUUUUCCAGCAGCUCAUCUCCGGCGUCAGCUAUUGCCAUCACAUGCAAAUUUGCCACCGAGAUUUGAAGUUGGAGAACACGCUGCUGGAUGGGAGCGCGGCUCCUCGUCUUAAGAUCUGUGAUUUUGGUUACUCAAAGUCCUCGCUGCUGCAUUCGAGGCCAAAAUCCACUGUAGGGACACCGGCGUAUAUUGCUCCGGAGGUGCUCUCUCGGCGUGAAUAUGACGGCAAGCUGGCGGAUGUAUGGUCUUGUGGAGUAACUCUUUACGUGAUGCUGGUGGGAGCCUAUCCCUUUGAAGAUCAGGAAGAUCCUAAGAAUUUCCGGAAGACUAUUUCAAGAAUAAUGUCUGUUCAGUACAAAAUACCAGAUUAUGUCCAUAUCUCCCAGGAUUGCAAGCAGCUCCUAUCCCGAAUCUUUGUUGCCAAUCCAAUGAGGAGAAUAUCAAUUAGGGAGAUCAAGAGCCAUCCUUGGUUCUUGAAGAACUUGCCAAGAGAACUAACAGAAGCAGCUCAGGCAGUUUACUACAAGAGGGACAACACUGCACCGACAUAUUCUCUCCAGACCAUCGAGGAGAUCAUGAAGAUUGUCGGGGACGCAAGGACUCCUCCACUGGCCUCCAGGUCUAUCUCUGGUUUUGGAUGGGCCGAGGAGGAUGAAGAUGAUGAGGGUGACGGUGAGGGGAAGGAGAAUGAAGAUGACAAAGAGGAAGAAGAGGAAGAAGAAGAUGAGUAUGACAAGACUGUGAAGCAAGUCCAUGCUAGUGGAGAAUUCCACAUCAGUUGA